GUCGAAAUGCAAUGUAAUUCGUGUCUCUGGUCCGUGCCAUUGUGGGCAGAAAAUUUCGGUGCCCCCGCGGAAAAGUUCCAAAUUGUGCAAUUUAUUUCGCUCGUUCGGGUCCAAAAUUAGCGCAAAUCGUGAGCUGGUGCCGCCGCCCACCGGAAGUGCCUGUUGGUGGACACGGAACGGCCAGAAAAGGGCGUGAAAAGUCGAUCGGAAGUUUUGGGGCACGGUUCUCUGUUCUUUUACCCCAUCAAAAAAAAGUAGUCCCAAGUCAAAGAGUGUCUCGUCGUCGUCGUCGUCGUCUUUGGGAACAAGAAAGAAAUAUGUGCAAGUGUUGGUGUGCGUGAGAGAGGGGCCCACUACGUUUAACAGUAUCUGGCAACAUUGUGUGCUUCAGCAUAAAAACAAGUCUGAGUGAAAGAGAACAAACAGGACUCCGGUCCCCACUUGGUGUACAGAGAGAAGGAAAAAACCUACUAGACACCGUGGUCCAAGUGUCGUCGUCGCCGCGCAGAGCAGAAAUUAAGUGAAGUGUGGGAACGUUGUGUAUAUCUCUGUGUGUGCGCUUUGUGUAUUUGUAAACGGUGCCUUGAAAAUGGCCGCAUUCGAACCGAGAAUGGUGACGAAUUCCACGGUUCCCGGUGGACCUGGUGUCGAUGGGAUGGCUUCAUCCGGGUCCCAGGGAUCGCUUAGCCUGGUGCGUAAGGAUUGAAGGGCUGAUCGUCCAGACUCUCAAGACUUUCUCCUUGGUCCUGUGGUCCGUUCUCUGGUUCCGAGUGUUGAGAUUGUGUUGGUGUUGAGAGAAACAUCCGAAAACCCGUAUCAGGAAAGUCUCCGUUUGUCGUCGUCGAGUGACAAGAGCAAGUGCAGCAAUCCAGCAAAUAUACAGAGAGAAGAGUGUAACCGAAACUCGAUAGCUGUGUGAGUGAGUGAGGAGUGUUUUCUGGGACCAGAAUAGAUUUUGGAGUGUACACUAUACUAUUUGGAGUACAACUCCCGGAAUCUGGCUGCUCCCCGGAAGAAAAAGCAGUGCAAAAUUUCCAUUUCCGGGCUGUCGGAGAUCCCCGCACGAGACCAAUAAUCAUGCGACUAAGGGAAUCGCUACUGGUGCAACAAGAAGAAGCCGUAGCAGGAAGCACUAGCAAUAGCCGUCUUGGUGCAGCACCGGAAAGAGAAAGUGUGUAAAAAGGGCUACCAGAGAGCAGCAGCUGGAAAAUCGAUCUGUACACACGCAAAAGGGACCCGACAUCAUCAGUGUGCCAGAAAAGUGCGUGAAACGGGUGAAAAUCUAGUUUUUGGGGAAAUCGAUUGAACCCGAGUGUAGUAGACAGUCCAUCAUGCCGAGUGCUUCGUUUUCAUCGUCCCGGUCGUACGUCCGGAGGUCCCGCAGGAAGGGAAACCGGAUUCCGCUGCCAUCGAGAACGUCAGCUCUAUGCGAACCACCAUGUCAGAACAUUCCGGCCCCGAACGUGGGUUCGUCCCCGUCGGGUCAACAGAACAACGGACCCGCACUGUCGGCCACUUCCGGUUCCGGAUCAUCAACCGCAAAUCCCGCUUCUUCCAGUAGCACCAGCAGCAGCAGUUCGUCGUCCGCUUCUUCCUCUUCCUCCUCCUCCAACAAUCAGAACUUAUCGAACAGUACAAGCACAAGUACAAGCACAGCGUCAUCGUCGUCGUCAUCGACGGCCACUUCCGGGUCCGGGUCUUCCUCGGUGGCCGCCGGACCAUCGGCCUCGUCCUCCUCUUCACUACCAUCGUCAGUAUCCUCAAAUGCCAUCAUCACUUCGGUCGCCGCAGCGCUGUCCGAGGUCAAGCAGAGCUCGAACUCACCGUACGAUCUGCGGAAAAAGUCUCCGCUGGCCGCACACGAUUCCGGCAGCUGGCUAGCCGGAUCGAGCAGUUCCGGGGGAUCCUCGACCGGUGGUUCGUCCAGUAGUACAUCGGGCAGUGCUGCGGCUGCGGCAGCGGCGGCCAAUGGCAACGGUCUACUCCAGUUUCCGUCACUUGCGUACGACGGAAAUGCGGCCUACAUGCUUCCUGCCCGGAAACGACCCCGACGUACUUACUCGACCAGCACUGAAACGUCAGCGAUGGUGGCGUCGGCUGCUACGGCUACCAUUACCUCGGCAACCGGAGCAACGGGGUCGGCAGCAAUGCCCUCAUCCGCCGCAGCCACGUUCUGUAUACAGUCGGCUGCACACUACCUGCAGUACGAGAUGCCCGACGAGGUUCUGUUGACCAUCUUCUCGUACCUGCUCGAACAGGACCUGUGUCGGGUGUCACUGGUUUGCAAGCGCUUCCAAACUAUUGCCAACGACACGGAACUGUGGAAGCGCAUGUACCAGAGUGUGUACGAGUACGAUCUGCCACUGUUCAACCCGGAACCGUGCAGUUUCGCAUUCGUCAAGCUGGAAGACUCCGACUAUGCGAAUCCCUGGAAGGAGAGCUUCCGGCAACUGUAUCGGGGUAUUCACGUGCGGCCUGGUUACCAGGAUAGGCGCUACCAAGGUCGCAGUAUAGCGUACUUCAACACGGUCCAGGCGGCGCUGGACUAUAUCGAUGAGAAGAACCCGGCCGGAACCGGUGCGGCCACCGGAAGCAAUAGUAGCAAUAUCAGUAGUAACAGUAACAGCAGUAGUAGUAGUAAUAGUAACGCCAACAACAGUAGCACCAGCAACAGUCCCGGCGCGGGUGCAAACGGUGGCUCGGCCGUGGUGGACGAAGCCUUCACGACGCUGGAAAACACCGGCGCGCUAAUCUUCCUGCACCAGGGCACGUACCGGGGCGAAUUCCUUGUGAUUGAUUCGGACGUUGCGCUAAUCGGUGCGGCUUCCGGAAAUGUGGCCGAAUCCGUAAUCCUCGAGCGGGAGUCCGAAUCGACUGUCAUGUUCGUCGAGGGGGCCAAGCACGCCUACGUUGGCCACAUGACGCUCAAGUUCUCACCGGACGUGACGUCAACGGUGCCACACCACAAACACUACUGCCUGGAGGUCAGCGAGAAUUGUAGCCCCACGGUGGACCACUGCAUCAUCCGGAGCACCUCAGUUGUCGGAGCGGCCGUUUGCGUGAGCGGCGUCGGUGCGAACCCGCUGAUCAAGUACUGCGACAUCAGCGACUGCGAGAACGUGGGCCUGUACGUGACCGAUUACGCCCAGGGCACGUACGAGCACAAUGAGAUCAGCCGGAACGCGCUUGCCGGCAUCUGGGUGAAAAACUAUGCUAGUCCAAUCAUGCGCGAGAACCACAUCCACCACGGCCGGGACGUGGGCAUCUUUACGUUCGAUAAUGGGAUGGGUUACUUUGAGAAAAACGACAUUCAUAACAACCGAAUAGCGGGCUUCGAGGUUAAGGCCGGAGCCAAUCCGACGGUGGUCAAGUGCGAGAUUCACCACGGACAAACGGGGGGCAUUUAUGUGCACGAGAACGGCCUGGGCCAGUUUAUCGAGAAUAAGAUUCAUUCCAAUAACUUUGCGGGUGUAUGGAUCACAUCCAACAGCAAUCCGACGAUACGGAAGAACGAGAUCUACAAUGGGCAUCAGGGUGGGGUUUAUAUCUUUGGGGAGGGUCGUGGCCUAAUCGAGCACAACAAUAUCUACGGGAAUGCACUGGCCGGUAUACAGAUCCGUACGACGAGCGAUCCGAUCGUGCGGCACAACAAGAUUCACCAUGGACAGCACGGAGGAAUCUACGUACAUGAGAAGGGACAGGGUUUGAUCGAGGAGAACGAAGUUUACGCGAAUACGUUGGCCGGCAACGUUGAAUAA